CGCAGUCUAGCCUCCCUCCUGAUCAUAUAUAAGAGCUUGCUUGGGCUUACGAGGUCGUUAUCGCCAGCUUAGUUUCUGGUUUGUGUUCUUCUUUGUGAUCAUCAGUUGAAGAUGUCUGGUCGUGGCAAGCAGGGCGGCAAAGCUCGCGCAAAAGCGAAAUCCCGCUCGUCCCGCGCCGGCCUGCAGUUCCCGGUGGGCCGUGUGCACCGUCUUCUCCGUAAGGGCAAUUACUCGGAGCGGGUGGGCGCCGGCGCCCCGGUGUACCUGGCGGCCGUGCUGGAGUACCUGACGGCCGAGAUCCUGGAGCUGGCUGGCAACGCGGCCCGCGACAACAAGAAGACACGAAUUAUCCCGCGCCACCUGCAGUUGGCCAUCCGCAACGACGAGGAGCUCAACAAGCUGCUGGGCCGCGUGACCAUCGCGCAGGGCGGCGUCCUGCCCAACAUCCAGGCGGUGCUGCUGCCCAAGAAGACCGAGAGCCACCAUAAGGCCAAGGGCAAGUGAGGCCCUCCUGGUCGUUAGUGCUGCUUAACGGACACCAAAGGCUCUUUUCAGAGCCACCCACAACCUCAAAGAAAGAGCUGUACACUGAACCUGUCGCCAGGUACUGGCCAGGGCUGGGAAUCCCGAUUCCUUCCAUGGGUUCGGCAUCUGCGCUCUGCGCCUGGGCGUUCACGGCUGAGGCCAACGGCUUCCGUCUGCAGUUGGCCUGAGCUUGGUUUGGAGGCACUGGCGGUUUGUCCCCACCACUGUCCCUUGUUAGGCACUUGGUUUCCGUUAAGGUUCGUGUUUGGACCUUAAGGGAAUGCUUGGUUCUGUAGGACUUGGCAUAAGGCUCUCGUAGGCAAGUGCUGGUGUUUCUACUGAAACGGAGUGAAUUGAAACGCUCACAGUUACACCGAGACAUUCGCGUUAGGAUCUAAUCAGGUUGAAACGCUCACAGUUACACCAAGACAUUCGAGUUAGGAUCUAAUCAGGUUUAGAUUUCCAAAAGUGUGUUUGGAAUUGGCCAAACAAUCGGAUGCACUUACGUAGCUUAAUCUUGAGGAACAAAAUAAUUUGUCGGUUUUGGUAAAACUAGGUUUGAGUACAGCAAUGUUUUCUAAUAAAUUUAAAGGAAAGCAUUAUUAGCGUCAUAUUAAGUAAAAUGUGAGUUUUUAAAGAGAACUGUGACUUCCACAGGCUGUAUAAAGAAUGGCUGGAGAGUUCCAGAUCAAAUAAACGGGAACAGGCACGUUAAUCACUACCAGUGGGAAAGGGAGAGUUGAGGGGGAUUAAAUGAGUUAUAAUACUUUAAAACGCCAGAGUCAAAAGUGUGUCCCCUUUCCUGUUAACUAUGCUAUUCUCUUUUUAAAUUUUAACAAUACAGGACAGCAAGACAAUUAUGUAAUUAUAUAAAUUAUAUAUACCCUAUCAAAACUGGGUCUAUUCAAGCCUGGGCUCUUCAGACACCGUCUGUAAUUACAAAUCUAUUUAUAAAAUAUCAACAUCUUAAAAAGCUAUUUGCCAAAGAAUAAGCAAUUUCCUUAACUGUGAGUCUCGACCACGCUCUAGACACAAAAACUGCAUAUAGAUUAUACAGUCUGCUAAUGAGUGUCCUCAGUAAAACAAAGUCCAAGGGUUGGACCUCAAGAUCUCCCCCGUUUAGCUUUACUUUGUAUGUAUUCAUAGAUCAUUGUAGUUCCUUAAUCUCUUGAGUGGCAGUUCAGCUCUUUAGGAGUUGGGUGGAACUAUUUAAUGGUGUUAUGGAGGCACUGUGGAAGGAGGUGUACUGGGAUAGCUUCUCAUCUACCUCCAAGGCUCCUGUCAAAUGGACAACCACCACCCAAAAGGAAUAUUUAAUUUUCCAUUAGGUAAAAAUGUAAUACAAAGAUGUAGCUUGUCUACCUCUCAGGGUUAUGUGACCAGUGAAUAACUAGAGAGCACAGAUUCUGAAUGUGUCUACAAUAUUACAGAAAGUUGCACUGAAACAGUUCUGACCUAAGAUCUGGUCAUCUGGAUUACGAUUUCCAGAAAUGUGAAGUACCUACCAGUAGCAGCUACCUUGAGAGAAUGUUCACUGGAUUAAGCACCACAUAGCCCAUGCCUAGGUAUAUGCCCAAUAAAAUGAAAAUAUACAUCUAACAGAAGCUACACAGAUGCAGUAACAGUAUCAUUCAUACAAUCUAAAAGAGGGAACCCAAAUAUUCAUCAGCUGAUGAAUAGAUCACAAAACUGGUUUGUCCUCAUAAUGGACGAUUAGUCAAUGAAAGAGAAUGAAGCGCUGAUUCAUGCACAACGUGAAUGAAUCUCGACGUCCAGAACGGGCACGAUCAAACAACAGCUGCAGGAGCUGAAAGGGGAGAGAAUAACAGUCCAGAACUUCCUUGUGUGGUCAUGGAAGAAGAUACAGGUGAUGCUCACAACAUACGAAAUGUGCUAGAUGUCCCAAAACUGCUCACGCAGAAAUGGCUCAUCAUAUCUUGUAAAUCUCACCUAAGUUUUCAGAAACUUGGAGUGUGUACCAAAUAAGAGGGCAGAUGGGGGGCUGGAGAGAUGGCGCAGCGAGUGAAAAGUUUGUGCUGUGAGCAUGAAGACCUGGAUUUGAUUCCCAGAACCCAUGCAAUGCAGGGCCAGGUUAGCGCUUGACUAAUUCCAGUGCCUCUAAAGAGACAGGAGGGGCCCUGGAAGCUCACAGGCCAGCUAGCCUGGUGUACACAACAGCUAACAAAGCAACCCUGCCUCCAGGGGGAACUAGAGAACAACACCUGAGAUGGUCCUCAGACCUCCCCACAUGAGGCACGUGUUUGCCUGCACUCAUACACAUACAUACAUUCAUACAUGCACGUGUGUGUGCACACACACAGAUGGGAAAGGGGGACAGAAAGAAGACUGAUGUGUUCCAGUGCUUGCUUUCUAGAAUAACACUGGCCCACCUCAGGUAAAAGGAGGUUGAACUCAGGUACCACAGCUGCCAUCAUCAGAGACCACGGGGAAAGGCAGUUAUGGGCUCAGUCCUGAUACUGCAGCAGCUCUGAGCAAGCCUUGGCGGUUCACCUUGUCAGGUUCUGCCCACAGGCAUGUUGUGUGGGAGCAUGGAGGUCUUUUCCUGGACCACUGUAUCUCUAAACACAUGCCUGUUUUAGAAUUCUUUCAGCCACUCUCCACGUGUCCCUAUGCACUGCUGUUUACUGAAGACAAGAAAAAGAG